UAGAGUGGCAGAGAGAGAGAAUGAGAGGGAGGGAGGGAGAAUCCCAAGCAGGCUCCAUGCUCAGCACAGAGCCCGAGGCGGGGUUUAAUCCCACGACCCUGGGAUCAUGACCUGAGCCAAGAUCAAGAGUCGGACACUCAACCGACCGAGCCACUCAGGCGCCACUCUCUCAGUUUUGAACGAACAGCCUCUUUCUUUCAGAACGCCAUCUGUAUUGAGAUAAUUGUAGAUUUCACGCAGUUGUAAGCCAUCAUACAAGCAGCUCUCCUGUAGCUCUGCCCACUUUCCCCAGUGACAGCUUUCUGCAAGCCUGCAGUGCAAUGGAGAUGUGCACGGACACUGAUACAAGCCACUGAUCUUCAGAAUUCUCCCUUUUGGCUUGUACUCACUUCUCUGUGUGUCUUCGCUCCUGCAGCAAUCAUGGCAUGUGCACGAGUGCACCUGCGAGCCAGCAUUUCCACUCAGGAAUCUCUCCUCCAGAAACCCUUGCACCCGUGCACAGAGCCACUUAAACAAAAUUAUGGACCGCGGUGGUAAUAUAGUAACAGAAGAGAUGGUAACCUUCUGCCUCCAUCAUGGGGGAACAGUAAAGUAGUUUUGAGCCAUAUGGCAUGCUGCACCGUAAUGGAGAGAGGGACAGCCAUACGUGCUAAAAUGGAAAGAUCUCCAAGACGGAAGAAGUGUCACGGGCAGAGAGCGAUAUGGUAAUGCAAUGGCAUUCAUGUGAAAAAUUGUAAAGGGAUAAAUGCAUAUACGUACGUGUGUACGGAAAUGCAUUUUGAAAUAUGGAGGCCACGCCUCCAACUGUGAACGAUGGCUGCCAUGUGUUCCAGUCGAGGACCCAUAAAUCUGAAAUAGGCUGCAUCUUUGGCGUUAAAAAAAAAAUCCGCAGUCACUUCAGAGACAGACCAUGCUCGACACUAACUCAGGGACUCCCCUAACUGCAAGCAAAGGUCCCCUUCCACCCAGAAAAGAGGCGCAGUGGGAGUCUAGGGAUGGCCUCAGCCUGAACCAGCCCCCGGGGGUGGGGGGGAACUGGGUUCCCCUGAGAAGACAAGUGUACCGCAACCCACUGUUCUGGAAAGGCAAACAGGCGAAAACUUCCCAGAGUAAAGCUUUUUAUAAUUAACAAAGUGGCAGGUUUCUUCCACAUACCCGGGGCCACCUGGCAAUCCAUUUUCCAGCAGCAACUGUUAAUUAUUUAUUUAGAAGUCAAAAUAUAAUGUGUGGAGGGAGGGCGAAGGGACAUGUAGUGAAAUCCCUGUAGUCAGAGGGAAGAAAAUAGAAGUUCUUUCCCAAGGAGCAUUUUUGUAACAUAUAGACACAUUUUCCCAUAAGAAACUCCCAGAAAAAUUGAAACCACAUGUGCAGAUGGCGUGUUGCUGUGCAAGCAAUUCAGCGGGGCUGCAGCGAAACCAGCUUUCUCAGCUCUUGGGUUCUGGGGCUUUGUCAACAAUGAGAAGCCCCCCCCCACCCCCCAGAACAAGCAAAUCCCAGCAGAGUGAACACAACAGUGCAGCCGGGAGUGGUUUCCUUCACCCCCACCCUGUUCCCUGUGCUCUCCAAAAGUUACAAACUGGCUUUCCUUCCUGAUAAACCCCAAGGCUUCCUCACUGAUUGGUCUCAGUUUGGGAAAGGACGUGACAUCAGCAACUUUGCAGACUUGGGCUGGGGGGCUGUUGUGAUCUUUGGCCAGCCUCCAGCCAGCUAGGUGGAGCGUGUGUAUGUGUGUGUGUGUGUGUGUGUGUGUGUGUGUGUGUGCGCGCGCGUCUGGGCGCGUGCGUCUGUCUGACCACAGGUAGUGCUCAGAUUACCCUGCCUGUACUGUUCUCUGCUGUUCUCUACCGUCUGCCCAGGACGGUGCGGCUCAGCCAGCCACAGCACUGGAAUCCCAGGAGCAUGGAAUUUGGAGUUCUGUGAACAACUGAAGUGGAACACGGACCGCUCCUGGCCUAGGAAACAGCACCAUGGAUGGCAAGCCAGGGGGCAGGAGCAGUAAGUCCUUGAGACCAGAAGACUCUCCUGACACCAGUUUCUUUUCAAACCCAUGGAUGGGGGAUAUUGUGUCUGAUUGGUCUCCUAUGCACGAAGCUGCUAUCCAAGGGUGUCUGUUGUCUCUGAGAAGCCUCAUCAACCAGGGGUGGCCUGUGAACCUCAUCACAGCAGAUGGUGUGUCCCCACUCCAUGAAGCCUGCCUUGGAGGUCAUGUCUCUUGUGCAAACAUUUUAUUAAAGCAUGGAGCUCAGGUGAAUUGUGUCACCGCCGACUGGCACACUCCUUUGUUCAAUACCUGUAUCAGCGGCAGCCUGGACUGCAUCACUUUGCUUCUUCAUCACGGUGCCAGCCCCCACCCGGUGAGCGACCUGGCAUCUCCCAUCCAUGAAGCUGCUAAGAGAGGCCACGUGGACUGCGUCGAGAUCCUGGCAGCUCACGGAGGCAACCUCAACCUCAACAUCAGCCACCUGGGCACCCCUCUGUAUUUGGCGUGCAGGAAACAGCAGGUGGCCUGUGUCAGGAAGCUUCUGGAGUCAGGAGCAAAUGUGAACGAAGGCCGAGGUCUGGACUCCCCUCUUCACGCAGCGGCCAGGGCAUCCAAUGGGGAGCUGGCCAUCCUGCUCAUGGAUUUUGGAGCGAACCCCCAGGCCAGGAACGCUGAUGGCAAAUGUCCCUUGGAGUUGGUGCCUCCAGAGAGCCCUCUGACCCAGAUCUUCUUGGAGCGUGAAGGGCCUCCUUCUCUGCUGCAGCUGUGCCGCCUUCAAAUCCGGAAGUGCUUCGGAAUCCAGCAGCAUCAUAAGAUCAACGAGCUCUUUCUCCCAGAGGAGCUGAAGCGUUUUCUCCUACACAUGUAAAUGAGCUAUCUCAAAAUCUCAGGGGGAUAUCACAGGCCGCACACGAAUGUGGUUGAAUGUUGUGGCCACCGGCAUUGUGAAAUAAAUCUAGGUUUAUGAAGCUUGGCUAA